AUGAAGGCCAGAACCAUCGCCACAGCGGCCAUCCUACUCGGUGCGGAGACGACGAGAGCCCAGAAUUGUACCUUUGAGACCAUUUCCCCGUCCAAGGACCUCAUCUGGUGUCCCUGCGAAGACCAGUUUCUCUGCGCCAGACUCGAUGUCCCCCUAGACUACAAAAACCCCGAACUCGCCCGGGCCUCGGUCCCCCUCCUCAAGCUCCCCGCGACCCCGGACUCCCCGGACGGACCCUACCGCGGCGCCGUCCUCGUCAACCCCGGCGGCCCGGGCGUCUCCGGCCUCGACCUCGUCCGCGAGGGCGGGGCCCUCCUCCGCGCCUGGAUCGGCUCCAACUACGACAUCGUCGGCUUCGACCCCCGCGGCGUCGGCCUCGGCGAGCCCCGCCUCAACUGCUCAACCAACACCACCACCCUCCAGACCCGUGACGAGGAACCCCACCGCCUCGUCGACGACUUCUACCAGCGCUACAUCGACUUCAGCGCGGACCUUGGGAGACGGUGCGAGGCGCGCGCGGGCGGCGAGACGGGCGCGGGACGGUACAUGACCACGGCCGUCACGGCGCGCGACAUGCUCAGCUUCGUCGACGCCUUCGCCUCCUCCGCCGACGGCGGCCGCGUCGUCGAGGGUGGGGGCAACGCGAGCGUGCUGAAUUACUACGGCAUCAGCUACGGCACGUUCCUGGGCCAGACGUUCGCGUCCAUGUUCCCGGGGCGCGUCGGGCGCGUGGCGCUGGACGGGGUCGUGAGCCCCGAGGGAUACCAGGCCAACGGGACGUUCCCGGGCGUCACGCACCUCGACGGCGUGCUCGGGGCGUUCUUCGUGUACUGUCACGCGGCGGGGCCGGAGGCGUGCGCGUAUUACACGGGGGAGACGGCGAUGGACAUCUUCGAGCGGUGGAGGGCGUCGUUUGCGCGGCUGGACGCGCGCGGGGCGGAGGCGGAGGGGUGGGCGAACGCGAGCGAGAUCGCGUCGGCGUUGUUGACGUUCAAGGUCGGGAUGCUCACGGCGGCGACGGGGCCGGUGGUGUCGUUCCCGGCGAUGGCGGAGGCGCUGGUGGGGCUGGAGGCGGCGCUGGCGGGCGGGGAGUUGGCGGCGUGGACGGCGGGGCUGAACGCGGCGAUCGGGGACCCCGGGGUGGAGGGGCGGGUGAAUCCGGAGCAGAGCCUCGGGGUGCUCUGCUCGGACCAGGGGAACAGGUUGUUCGGGACGACGCUGGAGGGGUUGAGGCCGUUUGUCGAGCAGGUGGAGGGGCAGAGCGUGGUCGGGGAGACGUGGGUUCAGCAGAUUCUGGGGUGUUCUGGGUGGUCGAUCCGGGGGAGGGAGGUGUUUGAGGGGCCGUAUGGGGGGGAGACGAGGGCGGAUUUGUUGUUUGUGAGUAAUACGUUUGAUCCGACGACGCCGAUUGAGAAUACCGUCAACAACGCUCCCAAGUUUAAAGGAGCUCGGAGGCUUACGAUUGAAGGGCUGGGUCACACGGCCUCGGCGACUCUCAACCAAUGCGCCCUAGCGGUUGUCAAGUCCUACUUCCAGGGCACGAUGUGCGGUCGUGACAUUUACUGUCCGCUUGAGGCCGGGCCUUUCAACGUCUUGUUGAAUGGAUCGAUUCAGGAAAAUCUUGUGGCCGCGGGUCUGGCCGACAUCAGCAGCUUGUACAAGUGA